GCGCCUGUAACCCGAGCACAGUGACAGCGGUCUGACUUGUUGCAAAAACACGAAUGGACCCUCACGUUGACUUUCUAUGAAGAUAUCCCUGUGGUUUCAUUUGGUGGAUCGCCAUGAAGGCCCAGGACUGGUUUAUUGUCUCCUGCUGCCUCUGUGGCCUGAGCGCAAUGGCAGGUGCAUCAGAAACGGAAGGUAAGCUGAUGAAGAAACUGUUUUCUUCAUACAACGUUAAAGUCCGGCCUGCAAGGAGCCCAGAGGAAAAGGUUGUCGUGAGGAUAGGCAUGACCCUUUCAGCAUUCGUCAGCCUGAACAUGAAAGAUGAGGAGAUGAACACCGUUGUUAUUAUGAACUUGGAGUGGAACGAUUAUCGCCUCUCCUGGAACCCGAAAGAUUACGGGGGAUUUGAUGUGUUGCGUAUCCCGUCUGCAAAAGUGUGGCUUCCUGAUAUUGUUCUCAUCAACAAUAAUGACGGCGUGUUCGAUGUAGCUCUACAGGUCCACGUGCAGGCCUACAGUAAUGGCCGUGUGACGUGGACUCCACCUGCUCUUUUCAGGAGUAUUUGCGGAGUGAAGGUGACAUACUUCCCUUUUGACUGGCAAAAUUGCACCAUGGUUUUCCGUUCUUACACGUAUGAUUCCUCAGAAGUGGAUCUGCAGCCUGGCCUUGAUAAGAAGGGAAAUGAAAUCCGAGAGAUAGUCUUGGACACAGGCUUCAGCGAGAGUGGAGAAUGGCACAUUCGUCAUAAGGUUUCUCAGAAGAAUAUUCGAGAGGACCUGUACGAGGACAUCACCUUCUACCUGAUCAUCGAGAGGAAGCCCAUGUAUUACGUGUUUAACAUCGUCCUGCCCUGUAUCCUCAUCACCAUCAUUGCCAUCUUUAACUUCUACUUGCCACCUGAUGCUGGGGAGAAGAUGGGUCUUUCAAUCAACGUACUGCUGACUUUAACUGUCUUCCUGCUUCUGCUGGCCAACAAGGUUCCCGAAACAUCUCUGGGUGUUCCCAUUAUCGUCAACUACCUGAUGUUCACCAUGAUCCUGGUCACCUGCUCCGUCAUCCUCAGUGUCGUGGUGCUCAACCUUCACCAUCGUUCCCCCAACACACACCAGAUGCCUCUCUGGGUGCGCAAGAUCUUCAUCCACAUGUUGCCUCCAUACCUGGGAAUGCUGCGACCUAAAGUGGAAACCCCUCUGUUUCUCGAGAAACCUUCCAAAAAGGAGAACAUCCAAGCCAUCAGCAGAGUGGCAGAUGAGUACUUCAUCCGCAAGCCCAAUAACACCAACUUCCUCUUCCCCAAACCCCACAGGUUCCAGCCCGAUGGUCAAUGCACUGACCUGAGGAAGUUCAUCGACGGCCCGAGUCAUUUCCUCAGUCUUCCUCCAGAGCUCAAGGCGGCCGUUGACGCCAUCACUUACAUCGCGGAGCAACUGCAGGCCGAGAAAGACUACGAGGCUUUAAAGGAGGACUGGCAGUAUGUUGCCAUGGUGGUUGAUCGACUCUUUCUCUGGAUCUUUGUGGUUUUUACCACUGUUGGGACGCUGGGCAUCUUCACUUAUGCCAGCUUCAAUGCCACUCCCACCGACCCCUUCCCCUAAAUCUGACAGCUCAGAAACAUUGGCAUGUGAUGUGUUAGACACUGUUCAGUGCAUAUUUAUGGUCUUUUACUGUUACAAAAAGAGCACAGUGAUUCAUUCACAUUAUAUUUCCAAAUGUCUGUAUGGAGGAGCGCUUCCAGGACUCAUAAUGUUUGCGAUGGGAUAAUCAUAUUUAGCAAAAAUUCAGGAAACUCCAAAGUACUCUC